CUCGUGGUAAAAGGAGCUUGAAGACGCAGAGAAAUACGAGAAUGAAAGUAUCGUGCCCAGAUUCGUCAUCAUGCGAGGGCGAAGUGGCGACUCGGUCCGUCAGUGGAUCAGUGAGAAGCACCAGGAGGUGGGCCAGUUUGAGGCAACACGUAAGCAACAACGAUGGUGGUAAACCGAAGGUCGAGCUGUUGCUUGAUCCUCCGGGUUCCAAGUCGUCGACGCCGUCUUCUCAACCUCACACACCGAACACACCCAGGACACCACACACGCCCUUGAAGAAGUCCAACUGGGAGGUGAUCGAGCACUUCACCGGUGCACCUCGUCCUUCCAUCAUUACGAUGAACAGAGGAUCAGAGAUCGGCGUUGGCCUAAUAGGAAAUAGUGUAGAGACGACGCAGGAGGUGAACGUGCAGCCGCAAACAACUCAGCCGCCCAGAAAAUGUGCCCUCUGUCAAUUUUUAAAAUCGCUGUGUGCAUCGCAUCGGUUCACGAACCUGCAGGUGGAAAUGCUGUACCAACGCUAUUUCCUGCGGAUGAAUCAAAGCAACACAACGCACGUGCUCGGCCUACUAGCAGGUCUGGCUGUCGCUCUGGGUCUGCUUUUAAUUUUGAGACUAAUUUUGGAGGAUAAUGGCCAGUUUCUCGUUACUCUUGAGAGACCCGAGAACCUGUCAUUGGCAGUCACGUUGGUCAUCUGCAUCGUGGUUUAUGCUGUGUUGGUAGCAACCAUAUCGCGACCAGGUAUGAAUGAGAUCUGGUUAGCCGGGGUCAGUGGGAUCGUCCUGGUGACGUUGAUGGCCCUCCAGCUGGCGCUGAACAUCCAUCUUGCCCUCGGAUCCAAAGAACAUCGGAGUGGUGGCCCGCUAGCCGCAGCCUGGGCCGUUUGUUUCUUCAUCUACACGGCAUACGCGUUGCUGCCUAUUCGCUUGCGACAUGCUUGCAUCGCUGGCUUCAUAUUCUCAUUGGCACAUCUGAUUGGCGCCUUUGCUCUCUAUCCUUCACACUAUCCAGCCAUGAUGGAGCACUUGCUGAGUUCCAUCGUCGUCGUGGGUGGAACGAACAUGGCCGGUGUGUUAACGCAUCAUCCUCGGGAAUUGGCGCAAAGGCAGGCAUUCCUAGAGACCAGACAAUGCGUCGAGGCACGUUUAACUACACAGCGAGAAAAUCAGCAACAGGAACGGCUUCUAUUGAGCGUACUACCAAGACACGUAGCCAUGGAGAUGAAGGCCGACAUUGCUGGCAAGCCGAAGGAUACUAUGUUUCAUAAAAUUUACAUUCAAAGACACGAGAAUGUCAGCAUCUUGUUCGCGGAUAUCUGUGGAUUCACUUCGCUCUCGGAUCAGUGCACUGCCGAGGAGGUCGUCAGAUUGUUGAAUAAAUUAUUUGCCUGCUUCGACACUCUGGCAGCCGAACAUCAUUGUCUUAGAAUCAAGCUGCUCGGAGACUGCUAUUAUUGCGUUUCUGGAAUUCCGGAACCGAGGCCCGAUCACGCUCGCUGUUGCGUAGAAAUGGGAUUGGACAUGAUCAGUGCAAUUACGCUGUAUCGAGAGGUGGGUGCCGUGAACGUGAACAUGAGAGUGGGCAUCCACACGGGUAGGGUUCAUUGUGGUGUCCUCGGCUUGAGGAAGUGGCAAUUCGACGUUUGGAGCAACGACGUCACCUUGGCCAACUACAUGGAGAGUGGUGGUAUACCAGGACGAGUCCACAUCACGAAAGAGACACUGGACUGUCUCGGGGGCUACUACGAGGUGGAGGAGGGUCGAGGAGGAGAAAGAAACGCGUACCUGAAAGAGCACAAUAUCAAAACCUACCUGAUCAUCCCGGGGGACACGUACAAGGGUAACAUACCCUCUUCCGGGUUGAGGAAAGGUUUGCCAGCGAACGGAAACGUGUCCAAAGAGAUGAGGGUGAUGGGUCACGGGUCGCAACGUGGAAAACAAGCCAAAUUGGGCUUUGGAGAAGCGACUGAGAGUAAGAAAGUUCCCGAGGACGUGGUGGACGAGUACCUGAUGAGGGCCAUCGACGCCAGGAGCAUAGAUCAAUUAAGGGCCGAAUAUUGCACGCCGUUUAUUUUAACCUUCCGACAACCGAACGUCGAAGAAAAGUACUCUCGCGAAAGGGAUCGGAUGCUGUCGGCAUAUUUUGUGUGCUCCGGUUUCGUGUACAUGGUAGUCGUGAUUGCCAUAGCAAUCACUCUGUACGGGAGCGUGUACUUCUACACGUGCGUAGCAGUGAGUAUAUUGUUUAUAGCUCUGAUCAAUGGGAUUCUACUGGCAGAGAAGAACGAGAAGGUGCCCCAGUGUCUUCGAGAUUUUGCGGUGCACGUCUUCGAAAACCGAGGGGUCGCGCAGGCCUUGGCCACGUGCGUCGUUUUCCUCACAUUUAUCACUGCUUUGUCACCACUGCUGACGCUUGAGAGUGGCCGCGUGUGCAGCAACGGUACAUCGUUUCUCGAAUGGCCGGAUAAUUCCAGCGUCACUUUCCAGAGCAUCGAUGCGCCCGUCGAUGUUUGCUAUUACACCGUCUUCGCUGAUUUGUUUCCGGUGCUCGUGAUGCUGGUGAUGAUCACCUGUGCCGUCUACCAAAUUCUGACGUCCGUGUUCAAAGUGGCGAUACUAAGCUUGGUGGUGGCUACUUAUUUCGCGAUCAGCAUCCACGAGGCUCUGCACGAGAAGGAUGUCGAACUAACCGGGCGCUGGUUAGCUGGCGUUCUAGUGGUCUUCUUCAUGACCUGCCUGGUCGCACACUCUCAGCACACCGAGGCUACUUACAGAUUGGACUUUCUGUGGAAACUGCAAGCGACGGAGGAGAAAGAGGACAUGGAACAUCUGAAGGCCUACAAUCAAAAGCUAUUGGCGAACAUACUUCCGGAACACGUGGCUGCACACUUCCUUUCCACGGUUAAUUCUGAUGAGCUGUAUCACGAACAGUGCGACUUCGUUUGCAUAAUGUUCGCCUCGAUACCGAACUUCUCCGAGUUCUACGUGGAACUGGAAGCGAACAACGAGGGUGUUGAAUGUCUAAGGCUUCUAAACGAGAUCAUAGCCGACUUCGACGAACUCCUUGCGGAAGAACAGUUCAAAUACAUCGAGAAGAUCAAGAGCACCGGUGCCACAUACAUGGCAGCUUCCGGAUUGACGAAGAGCACCUGCGACAUGAAAGAUUACAAACACGUGACCGCGAUGGCAGACUACGCGCUCAGGAUACGGGAACAGCUGGCCUCCGUUAAUGAACACAGCUUUAACAACUUCCGGUUGCGUGUGGGCAUCAAUAUUGGACCGGUCGUUGCCGGGGUGAUAGGCGCCCGAAAGCCGCAGUACGAUAUUUGGGGUAACGCGGUAAACGUGGCCUCGAGAAUGGAGUCUACCGGUGUCUUGGACGGGAUUCAGGUCACUCAGGAAGUCCACGAUAUCUUGGUCACCAAAGGAUAUCCCCUAACCUGUCGCGGUAGCAUCCAAGUGAAAGGCAAGGGCAGCAUGAUCACCUAUUUCCUUGAUGGUCCUCGAAACUCAACCAACGUCAACAACGAAACCAAGAUGAACAACGACAACGCGUGAACUGCUCCUGAGGCAACCUAGAAGAAGCACUGAAAUUAAUCUUGAUCAAAUACUGGGAACUAUUCAAUGUUAAUUAGUGUUCCAUGAAAAUUUGAACAUUUGAGACUAAUCGUAUAGUUGAGGCGUAAAAGGAGAACUCGUGGUUUGAAGUCUGUACAGGGUGUUCCAUUUUAAGUGAACCAAAUAUUAUUCGUUACAAAUAGGGUAAUAUAAGUCUUGUCAAGGUGAAGUUGCCUCUAAGAUUGCAGUGACUUUUUUUGUUAAUUCUAUGUUUUUGUUUAGUGGACUAUGUAGAUGCAAGAUGAAUUCACUAUAUCUUAGUCCUUGAAGGUCAUUUCACUGAUCUAGAACAUCUUUGUUAUUCGAUGAAUAUUGAUUCGAACCGCGAAUCUUGAAAUAAAAUGGAACACGUCCAACUUUCGAUCGAUCUCUCAAUGGUAGCUCAAAAACCUCUCUCCGUGUAUCUUUCAGAAAGUCACAAGAUACCUGUACUUAAAUCUUAUCUGGCGAAUGGUUUUUCGUGUUAUUUCCAUAGCAGGAAUAAGAAAGUUGCGUUCGCUAUGCCGUGUCCACGGUUCUUCUAGUCAAUACAAACAAAAAGAAACGAAUAACCGCGACAAGGGAUGCUCGAUACAACGAAACCGUGGCUGACUUCUUCGUUUCAGGAAUUUCUGUCAAAAAGGAAACGGGACCACGGUAUGUUUUCGCGAAAAAUACAAGCGAAGGGAAUAGAAGUUUCGCGACAUUGGAACGAGAAGAAAAGACUCAACUCUAUUUUUACAUUUCUCUCCUCUAGAAGUCUAUCUCGUCGGAAAGAUAGACCUGGUAUACUUUCGAUAUUUUAGGCGAGACUAAUUUCACUUCGGUCCCUGGGGAAUAUUUGUCCGCGCACAGGUUGUAAGAGAAUGUACGAACGUAAACGUAUUGCUACGUUCCUUCGCAUAGUGUCAUGAUGAACGUAACAAUUAGUCAAUUCAACCGUUGGCUGAUAGAGCGAAAUUACAAUUAAAUGUUCAUAUUUUGAUGUUGCUGGCAGGUCCAGCUGUUAAUAAAUGUUAAUCUACGUGAAAGACCAUGGGCCAUCGGUGAAAAUCAAGGUGAAACUGGUAGAUCCUUUGAUCCUUUGACGAUCACGUCUUACGACUUCUAAAUAAUAGCUGGUUGUCGAUGGCCGUCAAAAUUCAUAGCUCCUUUUGUUUGCUGGCAGAAUUGCGAGGCAUUCAAUUAGAAAUUUUAAUGUGUCAGCUUGCGGAUCUAGAAAAGCAUAAACAUUUCAUUUCUGUUCCCAAAUCAUAACGCAAUCUUAAACUAUAUCAAACGCACAAUUUUCUUUCUUGAUACUUUGCAGCUACUUUCUUACAAAAGGAUCAAAGUAUCUGUUACAGGAUACAAGAAAUAUUUAAGAGGACUAUAUAAAAAGUUAAUCAAGUGUAUAGUGCUAUCAAAGCCUAAGGAUCUGUUAGCUUUUUAGAAAUAACUGAAAGUCCAAGCUGUUAUUGGCUAGUGUUGUAGAAAUCCUCUGUCGAAUCAACUUUGAAACUUUUUAACUUUUGCUGGACAACGGCGGUUUUUCUGUUUCUGCAAUACUCGUCUGUAAUGGCAAACAGUUGAAAAACAAUCAAUCGGUAAAAAAGCGAGAAGGAAAGAAAUAUUUUGCCAACAAUUUAGGAACGUAACUGUUGCUCUACUUCCAUCCUCCGUGUAAUCUCGAUGGCCUAAAAGCAAACUUUAAGUCUGUACUGAAUCAUGUGUACAUCAUAGAUAUAUUCGCGCGAUGUGAUUUGUCAGGAAUAUAAUGUGGAAUAAAUUUUUAAUAAA